AUGGCUUUCGAUGAUAUAAAGAUUUACACUGCAUCUGCUAUUGCUAAGUCAGGUGGUCCCACGUCUGAGAAUUUUUUUACUAUUAAUGAUGGUUUUUAUGAAUUUAGUGAAAUGAAAGAAUUCAUUUUGCG